AUGUAUAGAGAUAGAAGUAGUAGUAGUAGUUGUAGUAUAUUUUUUUUGUCUGUAAAUAGUGAUGCUGUAGUUGUUGGAUCACCCGUUGUAGUCGAUGGUUACUCUCAAGAUGGUAAUACAAUCUAUGUUAGAGGAAAGUUUGAAAUUCUCUAUCACGAGAGUAUAGAAUUGCACAUUGGCAAUCAUACUUUGAAUCCCAAUGAAGUUAGUUCCUUCAGUUUGGAAUUCGAUUUGCAAUCGCUGCCGACCAGUGGCGACGACGCAAUCGUUUCAACCACCUACUUGAAUUGCUCAGUUGUUUUUCAACAAAACACAACAUCUAAUCUAUUCAAUAUUACAGUUGCACCUUACUUGGCAGAUGUUAUUGGCUCACCAAAGACAGAGGGUGGUAUCAUCACAUUGAUGGGAAAUUUCUUGCUUGGACCAGAUCCAAAACACGAUCAAUAUAACAUUACAAUUGGAACAUCUUUCAGUUGCUCCAACGUCAAAGUGAUUGAUAAUACACAACUAGAGUGUUUGGCAUCGCCAGGCUACGGAGCAACACAACCCGUAAAUCUAUUCCUAAACAAUGUAGAAACCAAUUCCCAAUUAUUUUUAAAUUAUCAAAAACCAACUAUAGAAACAAUUACAAAAUUAAAUUAUAAUGGUGGAAAUGUUACGAUUGAUGGUGAGAAUUUCCAUCCGACAAUGGAAAUAUUUUUUGUGUUCCAAAAGUGUAAGAAUCUUGUGGUUACAGAUUAUAAAAGAGCCGUUUGUUUUGUAUCAAAGGUACCGAGCAAGGUUCAAGAUCCUGCCUAUGUAAUGGUGACUGUUGGUGAUCAAUCAUUUUCAACUAUCUAUCAUUUCGACGAUUCAGGAAAAGGAAUGGCACCGGACACCAUAAUCUAUCUUACAUUUGGAAUCAUUUUGGGAGUGUUUAUUAUAUGUGCUAUCAUUGCAAUCGUUUAUAUUUAUUUAUCAUAUCGAAAAACAGAGCAGCUCUACAAAGAUGCCACUCAUAAAUACUUUAGUUUAGAAUCGUACGAUCCCAAUCAAUCAAUGAUAGAGGAAGAUGAAGAUAAUGUAUUUACAAUACAAUAA